AGCUAUCUUUACAGCCAAAAUGUCAAAAUCUGUUCCUUUUCUGGAAUUUUCAUGAAAUAUUUGCUGUUUUUUGUUUAUGUUUUUCUCCACAUUUCAUAACAGCCUUUUUCACCAUCAAAGAUCUGUUUUUUGAGGGGUAAGCAUGAAGUCUUCAGCUCGACUUGACUCAGUGGUGUUCCAGCUCACACCAACUCGAACCAGGUGUGAUUUGGUGAUAUCUGCAAAUGGGAAGACUGAGAAAAUGGCUUCUGGCUUGCUUAAUCCAUUCCUUGCCCAUCUGAAGACUGCACAAGAGCAGAUGACCAAAGGGGGUUAUUCAAUCAUCCUUCAACCAGACCCCACCAUUGAUGCAUCUUGGUUCACAAAAGGGACAGUGGAAAGGUUUGUUCGGUUCGUUAGUACUCCCGAUAUCUUGGAACGAGUGUAUACCGUCGAAUCCGAAAUUUUGCAGAUUGAAGAGGCUAUUGCAAUUCAAAGCAAUAACACUAUAGGAUUGAGUGCUGUAGAAGAACAUCAAGUAAAGCCUGCAGAAAGUGCCGGCACAGAAGGCAGCAGGGCUAAACCAGAUUCCAAUGACGAGAAAGCCAUCGUCCUUUACUCGCCUAAUGCACUGCAUCCUGAAGCGAACUCGUCUUCUGUGGAGGGAAAUUCUAAAGCUCAACUUUUGAAAGUCCUGGAGACAAGGAAGACAGUGCUGCAUAAAGAGCAAAGUAUGGCCUUUGCACGUGCUGUAGCUGCCGGUUUCGACAUUGAUCACGUGGCGCCUUUGAUUUCAUUUGCUGAAACUUUUGGAGCCUCUCGUUUCAAGGAUGCUUGUAUAAAAUUUAAUGAAUUACGGAAAAGAAAGCAUGAAACUGGGCAGUGGCUUGAGAUUGAAGCAGCUGAAGCAAUGUCUUGUCGAUCUGAUUUCCCUCCUAUGAAUGCAACUGGCAUCGUGUUUUCCGAGAACAACGGAAAAUCUGGUGUCGAAUCAAGUAUAGAUGAGAAACCUCCAAUGGAUCAACAAACCCCAAGUCGUCAAGAAUAUUACCAGUCUCAGUAUCCGCACCCCAUGUUUCCUCCCUGGCCUAUCCAUUCUCCACCGGGUGGUAUGCCACCCUUUCAAGGAUAUCCUAUGCAAGGGAUGCCUUACUACCCGAAUUACCCUGGAGGUAGUCCCUUCUUUCAGCAACCUUAUCCAUCAAUGGAGGAUCCAAGAAACAAUGUUGGUAAAAAAAUACAGAAACGGCAUUCGAUGGAUAGCAGGGAAAGCCAUAGUGGAUCAGAUACUUGGGAGAUUGGGAGAGCAAACUCCCAAGAUAAUGAGGAGUUGGGGAAUGAAAAUUCACCAAGUUCAAAAUCGAUAAAGAAGAGUAGCAAGUCAAGUAAAAAGAAGUCGGGAAUGGUGGUCAUACGGAACAUCAAUUAUAUCACUUCAAAGAGGGAGAGCUCUUCAGGUAGUGAUUCACAGUCGCAUUCUUGUUCUGAAGAGGAUGUGGAAGAUGGAGACACUGAGCAUAAGAACUCUCAGAGAUCCUCGAAGGUGAAUGGAAGUCGAACAAAGUCUGUUGAUGCAUAUGAUAGGGAAGAAACAGUUAAUGGGAAGGAGACCGAUGGUGGACACUGGCAAGCAUUUCAAACUUAUUUACUUAGGGAUGCUGAAGACGAAGAACGUAGAACUGACCGAGAAAUGUUUUCAACAGAAAAGGAAGUUCAAGGAAAGAGAAGACCGAACCAGGUGCGUGGAAGCGAAGACCCUUUAGUUUUUGGGGGGCGAGAAAUGGGUCAGUUCGAAGAAGGGAAUGCAACUGACAUGCAUGAAAUUAGUGCAAGUGGCUCUCGCAUGCCUAAAGGAUCAAAUGAUCAGUCUUCGACUAUUGGAAGAGGUGAUCACACUGUUAAUGAUGGCAGAAUUUUCAUUGAUCGUGAAAUGAAUGGCAAGAGGGUUUAUCGAAGGAACAUAAACAAUGAAUUCAUCGUAGAUAGACAACAAAAUCUGUCAGAUUUUGCAAAUUCUCCAUCAGAUCCACAGACUUUUGACCGGUUUGAACAUUCAUCCAACGGUUUGGAAAGAAGAUCAUCAAAUAACAUAAAUGAUGAUUCCUACAUAGUACCAUUCAGGUCCACUUCAGGCACUCAAGUCGGAACCGAUGACCGCAGUGAUAUCAAUAUGGAUUAUGAUUUCUCGUUGUCACUUCAGAAAGCAGAAAAUAUACCUAAUGGGAUUGGAAGCCAGGUCAAUUAUGAACCUGAUGAUUUGACUUUGAUGCCUGAGCGUGGAGCAGAAAUGGGGUCAAUAGGGUAUGAUCCGGCUUUGGAUUAUGAAAUGCAGUCUCAUGUUGAAGAUGGUACUUCACCGAGUAAGAAAAAUAAUGAGGGAAUGCAAGGGUCUAAAAAGUGUGAAAAGGACCGAAAAUUAAAACUUAUUGCCGAUCCUUCUGAUAAAAAGAAGGCUGUAGGGCCAAUAAGGAGGGGAAAACUUUCGAAACUGAGUCCUUUGGAUGAAGCAAAAGUCCGAGCCGAGAGGCUAAGAACCUAUAAAGCUGAUCUUCAGAAGCUAAAGAAGGAGAAGGAAGAGGCUGAAAUUAAACGACUUGAAGCAUUGAAGAUGGAGAGACAAAAGAGAAUUGCUGCUAGAGGCGGUUCUGUUUUGGCUCAGUCGUCAGUAGCCGCACAAAGCUCUAAACAUUUGCCAUCAAAACUUUCUCCGAGCUCUCAUAAGGCAUCAAAGUUUACUUAUGGUGAGCCUGGACCAUCAUCGCCACUACAAAGAUCCAUCAAGCCUGCUUCUGUGGGAUCAGCUGGUUCUCACAAAGUUUCUAAACCCAGCAAACUAAACACUGGAACCCCAUCCCGUGGAAAUAGGUUAAGCCAGUCAGUUUCAUCUUUGCCUGAACCGAAGAAAGACAAUGGUGGUGUAACUCCUGAUACGAAGACAUCUAUGGCAAGGAUUAGGAGAUUAUCAGAACCAAAAACAAUUAGCAGCCCGCUUGUUUCUUCAGUGAGGUCGCGGCACUCCGAGCCAUCAAAGAAUACAAAAGCAUCUGGUGUGCCUGAAAGCAAAAAAAUAUCAGCAAUUGUGAACCAUGAUAUGAGUAAGAUUGCAUCUCUUCCCGAGCUCAAAAUUAAAACAACUAAAUCCCCUGAUGUUACCAGCGGCAAAUUGGGAGGAAAUGAAAUGACUCAGAAGGUGACUGGAAGUAUUUCUUCGACCACCGAUGUUACCGAAUCAAGUAGGAACAAGGAAGAAGUUUCACUUCAUACUGAUGGGGACGACAGUACAGUGGUUGAGAAAACUGUUGUGAUGCUUGAAUCUUUUCCUGCAGUAAACUCAUCCGAAGGAACUACGGUAGUUAAGAAGGAAAAUGAUGGCAUUUUUAAAAUCAGGAGGAAAACUGAGACGGUGUCAGAUUAUGCUGUCAUUCAUGCACCAGUUUCUUCAUUGAACCCUGAAGCACUUGAUAAAGAACAACAGGUACAACAAAAACAACGAGCUUAUGAGGUUCAAAAGGCAAAUGUAAGUGACACAGAGAAGGAAUUGUCAGAAUUUACUAGUACAAGUGUUACUGAAAAACAGUAUCAAGCUCCUUUAGCCCGGAUCUCUUCUAUGGAAGAUCCAUGUACCAAAAUUUCCGAGUAUGUUAGAGCGCCUCCAGCUAGCAUGCCAGCUGCAACAACAAACUCAGAGAAUGUUAGAGCUCUUGUAGCUGACACUAAUAACUUGAGACUAGAAAAGAUUCCUGAGGUGUUGGAUAGGCCUCAGGUAAAGGACUCAUCGAAAGGGUUCCGACGGCUGUUGAAGUUCGGAAAAAAGAAUCAUAGCUCGGCUAGAAGCGAGCAUAGUAUUGACUCAAGCGGUGAGGCUGAAGAGUUGGUUCCAAAUGCUGCCUCAUCCAGUGAAGUUCAUUUAUUGAAGAAUCUGAUCUCUCAGGAUGAGACCCCCACAGCCGAUACUACUCCACAAAAAUCUUCUCGCUCGUUUUCGAUGUUGUCACCAUUCCGAAGCAAGACCAGUGAAAAGAAGCAUAUGGCUUGACGACGAAGUUGAAGCCAUGAACUUUGUAUUUCUUUUCCAUGGACAUGUUUGUAAAAAAAAAGGUCUUUCUGCAGCCACUCUCAUUGGUUAAUGUUCUUGAACUGAAUCGGUUUCGUACCGACUUUUCCUCCCAAUUUAUAUUUACUUUUCUUAUGCAUU